AAGCGCCACGCCGACAAAAAGCAAAUCUCAUUUAGUUUCCAGCGCUGCUGGCAAAAGAAAAAGAAAUUAAAUUGUUACAAAAGGCCGUAAUGCUAGUGAAAAGAAGCUAAACAAUCUAGCCACGCGACAGAAGGCUUUUCCGCGUGUGUGUGUGCGUGUGUGUCUGUUGCGCCUGUGUGCUUGUAUGUGCGUGUGUUUACCUGGCUUAUCCCGAAAGAAAAAACCCAAACGUAAAAAGUGAACUGGAAAAGUCGACAAAGUCUGCCUGCGUGCCAUUUUUCAACUCUACUUUCGUGUGGAAUAACUUAAGACGACGCUAUGGCGUCUACUAGCAAUCUGGUGGAUGUGGUGCGCCACUACCAGCGAAGCAUAGAGAAGCAUGGCGAAGACGAAAAUCGGCUGCUGCACUGCAUCACCAAGCUGUUUAAUCUGCCAAUCAAAUUCGAGCACCUGCAGGAGACCGGAAUUGGCAAGACUGUGAAUGCACUGCGAAAGAUAAAUGGCGAAGUUGGUGUGGCGGCCAAGACUCUGGUAUCCAAGUGGAAGGCCAUGGUGGCCGCGGAGGAGGAGCCCUCGGUCGCCACGCCGACAACCAGCCACAACGAAGAGGAUUCGGGCAAGUCCAAGUCCAGCGACGAGGAGAACAAGGGCAGCAACUCAUCCAGCGGUGAGGAUCAUCACAACAGCAGGCACAAGUCAAAGCACGCCAAGAGCUCAAAGCAUGAGCGAAGCAGCAGCAGCAAAAGUCACUCCAAAAGCAAGUCCGAUUCGGAUAAGAAGCACAAGAGCAGUCACCACGACAAGUCCAAGGAAAAGGACAAAGACAAGGAGAAGGAGAAGGAGAGCCACAAGGUGACCAAGGAGCAUAGAGAGAAAAAGACCAAUGGAGAGCACAAGUCAAAGGAUUCCAGCAAAUCAAGCAGUAGUCACAAAAGCAGCAAGUCCGAGGGUUCCAAAAGCGAGCACAGCAAAAGCAAACAAGAAAAGGAGAAGUCUUCGCAAAGCGAACAAAAGCCAGCCAAAGACAAGUCGAGCAAACACAAGUCGUCGUCCUCCAAGUCAUCCAAGCGCUCUCACAGUCCAUCACACCCCGAAGAGGAGGCGCAAAAGGCCAAGCUACCAAAAACUAAACCGAAAUCCGAGGAAGACUCCGCCGAUGGCUUCGACUCCAGCAUGGGUGCCAACUUUGAUGACGUUCUCGGUCUGCUUAACAUGCCCAUGAGCAACAAAAAAGGAAGUGGCAGCAAGAGCAAGUUCCCCUCAAAACCAGUCACAGCCGCUACCUCGUCCUUUGCGACACCUACUGCAUCUGUAUCAUCCAGGGAAACUUUCACCUCCAGCAAUCGACCAACCUCCACGAGGAAACCCGAGCUACUGGCACCCACAGCCAAACUGGAGCCAUUGGAUCCAAACAUUGCGCUGGAACUACCCACCAUUUCCAACAACUACAAGCCUUUGCCGUUAAAUCAGACAGUGAUGGACGUGGUCUUUAAUCAGGGAGGUUCGCAGAAAAGCCAAGCUUCACGUUACUUUAAUGAGUCGGAAGCUCUGGCUCAGGGUAUCUCCUCCAAAACCAUGCGCACCAAGAUCUAUUCUGGCGUGAGAACUGGACAAAUUCUGCAGGUUCCAUCGCUCUUUGAUUUGUGCACGCGCGUGCUUCAAAAGAAUAUUGAUGCUUUGGAGUACACGGGUGGCGUUCCCUUUGAAGUCCUUCGACCUGUCUUGGAACGCGCCACGCCCCAGCAGCUGUUGAACUUCGAGGAAUACAAUCCCUACUUGAUGGACGACAGCGAUGUCCUAUGGCAGCAGCAUGUCCAGCGUCACUGUCGCAGUCAGCGGCGCGAGGAAAUGGAAACGUGGCGCGAGAUGUUCCUGCGCUGCCAAGAGGAGAAGGAUCGCAAGCUCAGCAUCCUGGCCGAGAGCAUAAAGGCGUCGCAGAAGAUCAGCGAGGCACCCGUGCGCAAGACUCAGCUGGCCUUCGUGGACUCGAUGGUAAAGCCGCCGCGCAGUGUGCAGCGCAAGCAGGAGCAAUACGGCACCAAUCGCAAGCUCAUUGCCACUCCAGCUGCCAGAGUGGCCUCCCUGUCCAGCGUGACACCGAACGCCGCCAAGGUGGGCGAUGCCCGGCUGCGCGUGCUGGCCGCCACCAGAGACACAGCUCAAGUCGGCGCCGGUCCAGCGCGGUCCAAAAAAGCACCACUCAUGGCCAAAACCCUGCAAUUCAUGCGCGGUCGUCACAAAAGAUAGAUGCGUUAACUCGUUGUAGCUACAAUCUUAUACUCAAUUUGUUUAGCGUCAACUUAAGCAGCAGCAGCAGAUGCAGCAACCCAGAUCUAUAAGGCGUUCACAGUGGGAUUAACUCCCAACUGAUUUGGCAGAGACUUUCGGUUCUGUAAAACAAGACACUGUGAUACUAGACCUUUUGUUACCCAGUGCGCCACGGAAACCGACUGCUGCUGUCUGCAUGCGUACCACAUGCAUGCUAUUUAUUAUUUAUUCAUGUUCUGCCCCCCAUUUCAUUAUACUGUAAUAGUUAGUAAGAGUAAGUCAACCGAAUAACGAUUGUUAGUCGAAUAAGAUUACGUUCUUGUUUCACCCUGCCGGAUCGUCAACGCGCUCAGAAAAAUGAGUUGCGGAAUUGGGUUAUUUUUUGGUUGACAGUUGUUCGAAUGAUCGAUUGCAAGUAACUUAAGAUCAGAUGGUUGCUGAUCACUCCAACCUUAAUUUUAAGCUAAUUUCAAUGUUCUUUGUCCCAGAGGGCUGUGCGACUGUCCAAAAUCAUAGAGGUUCCAAGCAAAUAAAUUGUAUAUAAGUAUAUGUUACAUAAAAUCCUAAACCCAAUCCUAUUUCGAACUACCUUAAUUAUUGAACAGUUAUGUCUUUAAAUGCAUCGCUCACUAAAUCCAAUAAAAAGAUUUCAUUUUUAUUCUUUUAUGUUUAGUUGUAUUUAGUUAUUAAAAUGUUUGAGUUUUGGUGAAAUAUCUUAUUGUUUAAUGAAAAAAAAUUUACAUCAACUGCACCGUCUUGUUUGUUAUCAUCCUAGUUUGUUAAGUGAAAAAAAUUGUGGAAAUGCGAUUAAUCUGAACUCCAAUACUCGUCUUACUUUAAAUAUUUACAAUCUUUGUAGACCUUUAGUAAAAAUAAGUCAUUAAACGUCAAAUUCGCAUUUUCGAAGGCUUGUUUAGCUGUGACCGAUAAGCGAUGCAGGUGAAGGCAUUACACUGUAAUCAAAAUCGUUUUAUUCCAGCUUACGGAAGCAAAGCCAGGAAGCUAUCAAAGAGCAGACUCUUGUUUGAAGACAUCACCGAUUGUUAGAGAUUGAGGCAAUUAAUAUAGAUGUAGAGAAAGGUACAGACAAGCAAAGGAGUUGUUUCACACGAUAGUAACAGUAAUAUUAUACAGACUUAUUACAAAUAAAUUAUUUUCAAACAUAAA